AGCAAGACUCAGCCAUGGCAGAAGGCAAAACAGGAGGUGCCGGCCUGUUUGCCAAGCGGGUUCAAAAGCAGUUCAGCCGAGCUCAAGAAAAGGUUCUACAGAAACUGGGGAAAACCGUGGAAACAAAAGACGAACAAUUUGAACAAAGUGCCUAUAAUUUCCAGCAGCAGCAGAUUGAAGGGCAAAAACUCUACAAAGAGCUGAAGGCUUUCCUCAUUGCUGUGAAAGAGCAAUGAUCUUUUAUGGGAAGAUUAUGAGGAAAAACUGGCAGACCAAGCGAUCAGGACCAUGGACAACUACUUGAGUCAGUUCAAUGAAAUUAAAGCUGAAGAGGAGUUCUAUAAAGCCCAAACUGUCUUCGAGGAACUCAAUAAAGAACUACGAGAAGAACUGCCGGUCCUUUACAACAG